AUGGGUUACUCGGUGAAAGAGGAGCUCUAUGAGUUACUUAAACUGCCUCUCCCACAAGAGCAGGAACGGGAGAGCACUGAAUCAAAGAGAUUGAUGGACGAGCAAAGGGCACUCGUGCGAUCCAUGGAGGCAAUGGAGUUUAACCAGUCGACUACUCUUGAAGACCAAGCUGAAUUGGAGAUCAGAGUACUCACAAAACUCUCCAAGAGUAAAGAGAGGAGUGGCGUGGUUCAACUAGUGGAUGUUUUCAAGGACGAAGAUCACUAUUUCCUCCUCAUGGACCAAUGCCAGUGCUCGUUGACUGAGGUGUUGUUGAAAAAGAAGAAACUGAGCGAGCAUGAGGCAGCAGUGGUGAUCAAGAAUGUGGCUAGGACUGUGGGAAAAAUGCAUGACAUGGGCAUGGCUCACAGGGACAUCAAGACUGACAACAGGGUUUGA